CACAAUUCCCCAAUUCCCUGACAACGUUACCAUCCCAGAGUUGGAUUGUGCAAAUUGCCUGGUUGGGACGGUUGGCGUCUACAACAACGUGGAAUGUAUUGUGUUUGGAAUCAGCGAGAAAAACAUGAACAUGGAAUUGAAGCUGAAGAAAAAUGGUCAAGAUGUUCACAAUGUGACUAUGGAUGGUUUCCCCUUUUAUCGAGCAUUUUAUGGCUACAUGCCGAGUGAAGAAGAUACAGAUCAUACCGUUACUUGCGAGGCUACUAGAGAUGGCCAACAGCUCCAAACAGCAUCGAUCACUCUUGUCAUUCUGCGAAAACCAUCGCUUCCGACAAUUAUAUUGCCGGGCUCAGUUAAAGAAGGAGAAAAUGCACAUAUUUCUUGCAAAGCCUUCAAUGCCAGACCGGAGCCAAGACUCUACUUCAUGUACAAUUCUACAACUUACAAUACAAGCAAUAGCUUUUCAAAACCGAGAGACGAUAAAACAGUUGAUGCUGAAACAAUCUUCGAACAAACUUUCAGCCGAUAUGACAAUACCAGGAGUUUGAAAUGUUGCGUCGAGUUUAAAACGUAUAACAAAAUCACACUGAAAAUGAAAACCCUAUGCUCAACAUCUGGCAUAUAUGUUUUAUUCCCACCGAAGUUUCUACAGCUUGAAGAAUUAAAAAGAACCAACGACGAAGAAGGUAAUACAAGACUCCUGUUGCAGUGUACAAGCGACGUGUCUAAUCCAGUUAGUAAAAUACAAUGGAACAUUUCGUCAAAUGUUCAGUAUGAAUCCUCCCAAAAAAAGAAAGAGGUUGAUGAGGUGUCUGGACAUAUAAGGACUAUGAUUUUAUCUGCCAACCUCUCACGACAUAACAGUGGAGAAACAAUAUCGUGUUACUUGGAAAAUCCUGCGUUUACAGAGAUCAAAGUAAUCCAAAACUAUAAACUUAACAUUACAUACAAACCAUUCAUCAGUUUUUCAACUGAUGAGUCCGAACUAAAGUCCUUUGAUGACAGUCUUAACGUGUUAUGCAAAGUUGACGCAAAUCCAUAUGCGAAGAUCGAAUGGCUGAAUACAUCUUUGAAAGAGAUCGGUGGUAAAACAGAAAGCAGUCUUGAAUUAAAGAUACAAGUUCACUCAAGUGGCCAUUAUUUUCAUACGUGUAUGGCAGAAAACACAAUUGGUUCGGCAGUAAAUGCACUUGCUGUCUUCUUGGUCAAAGAUCAGCAACUAUCGACACCAAGCGUUCCUACUUGUAACGACCUCUCUACCUCCAUGUUGAUCGGAAUUAUUUGCGGUAGUUUGGCGGUUCUGAUUGUCGUUGUUGUAGUUGUCGGAUUCGUGGUAGUAUCAAAAAGGCGACAGAAUACACCGAAGAGCGAGGAGUAUACCGAUUUACAGUUUCCGGAACCAAAUUUAUAUAUGAAGCCGUUAGGUCCUGUACAUGUCACCAUUGAUGUUUCAAAGUCUCCUGAUGACCAACAAACACAAACUUAUGAUAGUGUAGAAUGAGCCGAUCACGACCAGUUUCAUGAUGCAUGCAGGUCUAUGUAGAAACUCAAGUCCACGCUAAAUGCUUUAUCUUCCUACAGACACUUCUUCUAAACACCAGCCACCACUGCAAAUAACACUCCAAAAUGACGCUGUUCCUUUCUGUCGACUGACAGCUGACUGAUAGAGGCGUUACUGGACUUGAAUUGAAGUGAAGGCCCAGUAUGCUAAAGGGUCAUGCAAACUCAUGCUGAACAUAAGCCCUAUUUGCUGGUGCAGUUGGAAAAUUAUAGAUAAAUAUUACAAAAAAACAUGCUUAAAUGAUGUAUUAUCCAAUCUUCACUCACGACCGUAUGAACGGGUUUGUAAAAAAUGUAAAUACUCCAUUGAAAAUAUGUCAUUACAUGUAAUCAUUUUUUGUUCAAACAACGACACGAUUAUAAAAAAACUGAGUUAGUUUGUAUAAAAUAUUAGGGAUAGAUCAUUUCAAUUGGUUCCGUAAACAUGAACCGUGUAAUCAUUGUCAAGAUUCAUUAGUCUCUACAUAAAUGAAAACAUGCAACUCUUCCAAGAUGUGCUCAGUAACAUUAAUUCAUUAUGUAACUGAAUUAAAGCACAAUUAUUUCAAACAGAUUGAUCUAUCCAAGGAGAACCCACGUGACUUAAUUGGUAAAGCACACGGCGACAAAUGUCAACAAGUCUCGAUUUAGGUAACGCUGAAUCUUUUAAUUGGUUCAGUCUGAACACAUAUUAUCUGAUCUACAUCAGUAAAACUGCGGUCGUUCGAACAAUACAGACAGGAACUCAUUGUAAAGAUGGAGGCUCGUAGUUAGAUGAGAAACAGCAAGGAGGAAUGAGAGCACACUAUAUUACCAACUUACAGGCUAGGACUAAGACUUGAACAUCUAGAUAAGAGCUGAGCAUGGAACAUUAGAAUGUUCUAGACUAAAGGCUGAAAUGUGAUUACAAAAUAAUUGUGUUUCAAAGCUUGCUGAAUUAUAUAAGAUACGUGCAGUUAAGAGUUUAUAUGACAUCAAUGCAUCUCUAAACCUUGUGAAAAUGUUUUAUGUUCAAUCCGUUGUCAUACUAAUUUUACACAGCAAUUUCUUUAGUACUGUAUGACAAACGAACAUUUUGAAAGAGCACCAUUUGGUAACAGUUCGUUUUGCUAUUUAUCUUAAUAAAAUGUUAAACUCAUCAAAACGUUAUUUUAACUCGGCAACAUACUGGAAUGCACUUCUAACUAGCCCAUUGUGAUCUUUCAAUGUGUCCUGAUUAGGUGUGUUUCGCCUUAACGUGCCUGCUGAGUCCAGAUUUGAACUUGAAUGCUGAGCGACACUGUAGACAUUUGUGACGUGUCAUUCCCCUGUGUCUUGUAGAAAUCUGGUCACUGAGAUUGGUCUUGUCACCCAAUUUGAACCCACACACAUCACAGGUUAGCUUCAAUUGGCCGCUUUCGCGUCUUUCGUGUAUUUUCAAGUCUUGCAAGAGCAGUUUUGCCACAAUAUUUGCAAACGUGCAACUUUGUCUCGCUGUGAUUGCUGCACCUAUAAAAAAGACAUGUACUGUCACAAGAUAAAAAAACACUAUAUUACUGCCACGCAAUGAGUGUUUGAUAGUGUAAUCAGCAUCAUAAAACUAAACGACCCUGUCCACUGAAACACGGACCACAUUAUUAUGUGAAUAACGCAACUCCUAAAAAACGUUGAAAACACAGUCAGACGACGGCAAAUCUUAGCCUCUACACGAGGGGAGUCAUAAUAAAAGUAUAACUUUAGUAUAUUCUUAUUUCUCUGCGAAAAAUAAUGCUAAAAACUAACCUGUGUCUGUGUAAACACUUUCCCACAAAAACGAUGGCAAUUGACCAGAAUGCCUUCUAUCGUGGUCUACUAGGUGUUGUUGUUGCUUUUUUUAUUUUGAAAUGCCAUUCCGCAUUCUUUGCAUAAAGUCGGAGUCUUCAUAUUCUGAAAUGAAACAAAUGUCACAAAAUCAUAAGUCUAUCAAAUCAGCUAGCAAUCGAAGACAUUAAAAGUACAAGAACAAUUUUCUUACUCAAAAUUGACAAAAUGAAAAGUUAUUAAGCAGUAAAUGUGUUACUGUUUACCAUGUAUAAUGAAUACAAACACGUUUUACAUAUACGAUACGAAAAAGAAGUGGAACACCCUUUACAAAAACUUCAAGCCCUUUAUAUGUCAAUUGCGAAUAUAUUGUUAAAAUACUGGACUAAAUUUUAGUGUGAUAACACAUGUUUCCAUGAUUCAUGAAAAUGAGCCCAUCAUUUAGGCGACUCCAUCGGUCUAACUGUUAAAACACGUUUAUUCUUCCAUUGUCACUACAAUACAAUGCGUCUUUUCAAACAUGGAGCAAUGUUCAAUAAUGAAUUUGAAGAAUAGAAAUAAUAAAUAAAUCUAUAAUAACUAGUUUUAGCACCAGUCGGUAAAAUAAUGAGUAUAUACACUGAAGGUUGUAAAUGACCGUGUACUUUAUC